AUGACUCGCAAGGCAGCGUAUGAGCGCCAUCGCGCACAGGCUGCUGAGACACUGGUGCUUUCCCUCACUGCUGGCUGGAUUACGUGUCUUCUUAAGAAGAAUGAGCAUCUACAGGAGAAAGCAGAAGAAAUGUUGCUAUUGGCUGAACAGCGGCUGCCGAUGCUUCAUGCAAUCUUCGUCCUGCAUAUUAUGGGCUUGUCCGCCGUCUUAUGGUCUUUCUUUUGGCAACAAAGUUUAUCUAAAUCAAUCACAGCGCUAUCCAGACAAGAGCGCGACGUUGGUCUUGUCAUGGGCUGCGUACUGCUUCCUUUGGUGCUGUUUAGUCGACUUCUAGCGGAUAUUUAUCAGGAAGAACAUUUUUCAAGCUUUACUUUUUUCUACGCGUGGACCAGCAUUUCCGUUGGUGUUAGUGUGCUGCUGAAAGUUGCGGUGUUUGGGUCCGUAACUUCGCUCAGUGUCAGUAUCUUUGUGGAUAUGGUGUUGCUGCCGGUGUUAUUUGGGCUGCUAAUUCCAGUUGAGGCGGAGUGGAGGUUCCUACUGGCUACUGGUGGACGAGUCUUUGUGGCAGUUGUACUGAUGACGGGCUUCAAGCUCUUGCCUCAGUCGUUCACUGUUGGAGAAGCGUUGCUCGUUUCUGAAGGUAUCGGUCUUUGCUGGUACGAUCUUGUACUGGCAACGAUGUACAAACUUAGUGAAUGCGAUGUCGUCGAUUUGCAGCCCAAUGUGCUUCACCCGUGGCAUAUUAUCGACAUUGACCGACCAGACUAUGUAACGGCACUACAAGUUGGAAUGUUGGGUUCGCUGCUCGUGUGCGUGGCUCUGAUUCCAUAUUUUUGGUCGUAUGGAACUCCGGCGCCCACUAUCGUUGCACAGCCGUUACCCGUGAAAGGAAGUGUAGGGUUUGUACUCACAGCUGCGAUCGCAGUAUGUGGCGUAGUAUAUCCGUGGAGCUGUUUUUUACUGCAUACAUGGAACCCGUUUGCAUGGCUGCUUGACUUCCUCCUUGAGUCGAACAGUGUGUCAGUACUCUUGCCACCACGAUUGAAAUUGAUUGGAUAUUGGGCGAUAUGUCUGGUCGUCUUGAUUCCGUUGUUGGCGUUUAUCUCAAACCGCUUUGCGCUGCGUAGAAUUAUAGCACGGAAGCUUUUCCACCUCUUAGCCGUAUUGAUGCUUGGCCCAGCAUCAUUUAUAGAUGUAUCCAUCCUAUCGUUAAGCUAUGGCGUGGCUCUAAGUAUCUUCGUUCUUAUGGAGUGUGCGCGCGCAGUGGCAUUGCCACCCUUCGGUCAGUCGGUCGCUGUAUUCAUGCGAUCAUUUAUCGAUCAUCGUGAAGCCGGGCAUGUCAUCUUGACCCACUCGUAUUUGCUUCUUGGAUGUGCUUUGCCGCUAUGGCUUGCUCCAUCAUCAAGCAGGCGAUCUGCACUCGUGGUAAAUGCUGGUGUACUUGCACUGGGCGUCGGAGAUGCAAUGGGUGCCAUGGUGGGCUCAAGGAUUGGCAAGCGUAAACUUUUUGGCAGCAAGACUGUGGAGGGAUCUGCAGCUAUGUUCAUUUCAAUGAUGCUUGCUUCAAUGCCGCUUCACGACUACCAUUUGCGCUUUUUCUAUAAUGGGGAACAUGUUCAGUUGAUGCUGUUGAUAGCAGCAACCAUGCUAACAACUAUACUAGAGGCCGCAACGGCGCAGAUUGACAAUUUGGUGCUCCCCCUCUACUUCUAUAUAGUGUGUAAUCUAGUCAAUUGUCACCGAGGCUAA